GCGCGCGGCUCCCGCCGGCGGUACCGGGGCACGAAGAUGGCGGCGGAGCGCUGAGGGGCCGGCGCCGGGCUGAGCCGCACCGCUCCGCAGCGGGCCCCGGUGACGGGCUUCGACGCUUUCCCCCUUCUCAUGGCAGCGGGGCCGGCCCAGGAGCCGCGUCCCCGCUGGGCCCACUCGCGCCGUUCCGCUGCCGGGCGCCGCCGCGGCCCGCUGAGCCCCGAGGCCUGGCCCGGGCCCCGCCGGGCCUGAGCCGCCCCCCCCGCCGCUCCGGGGCCUGUGCGCGGCCUCGUCCGUCCCCACCGACCCGCGUCCCGUCCGGAGCGGCCGCCCGGCGCCGGGGCUGGGAAGAAGGAACGGCUCGUCCGGCGUCAGGAUGUCCGAGAACCAGCCCAACGGCAACCACCAGCACCACCACCCGGGCAACAACACCGGGGGCGGCGGCGGGGCUGCCGGCGGCAACAACCGCGGCGUCCGCAACCCCAACCUCAACCAGAACCCGCUGAUCAAUGUGCGCGAUCGCCUGUUCCACGCGCUCUUCUUCAAGAUGGCAGUGACCUACGCACGCCUCUUCCCACCCUCCUUCCGCCGGGUCUUCGAGUUCUUCGUCCUCCUCAAGGCUCUCUUUGUGCUCUUCAUCCUGGCUUACAUCCACAUCGCCUUCUCCCGCUCCCCCAUCAACUGCCUGGAGCACGUGCGGGACAAGUGGCCCCGCGACGGCAUCCUGCGGGUGGAAAUACAGCGCAACUCCAGCCGAGCCCCCAUCUUCCUGCAGUUCUGUGGGGCUGACAAGUUCCCAGGGAUGGUGGUUGAAUCUACAGCUGAGGAAGAGGAGGAGGAAGAGGAGGAAAUGACCGUGGAUAUGUUUGAAAACAGCUCCAUCAAGUUUGAGCUGGAUAUUGAGCCCAAGGUGUUCCUGAAGCCAUCUCGGGUGAGCAGCACCCAGGCUCUGACCCGCAACGAAAGCCAGGAGUUCUCGUUUAGUGAAGCAGCCACUAAAGGUAUGCAGCCUCUGAGGGAGACUGUGUCCGAGUUUGAGAUGCUAGCCAGAGCAGUGUGGCCACAGGAGGAGUACAUCGUGGAGUACUCGCUGGAGUACGGCUUCCUGAGGCUGUCCCAGAGCACUCGGCAGCGCCUCAGCAUCCCCGUCAUGGUGGUGACUUUGGAUCCUACCAGGGAUCAGUGCUUUGGGGACAGGUUCAGUCGCCUGCUGUUGGAUGAGUUCCUGGGUUAUGACGACAUCCUGAUGUCCAGUGUCAAAGCUUUAGCUGAAAAUGAAGAGAACAAAGGUUUCCUUCGAAAUGUGGUCUCUGGGGAGCACUAUCGCUUUGUCAGCAUGUGGAUGGCCAGGACUUCCUAUCUGGCAGCCUUUGUCAUCAUGGUGAUCUUUACUCUGUCUGUGUCGAUGCUGUUGCGCUACUCACACCACCAGAUCUUUGUCUUCAUUGUUGACCUGUUGCAGAUGCUGGAGAUGAACAUGACCAUCGCCUUCCCUGCAGCUCCACUCCUCACUGUCAUCCUGGCUCUAGUAGGGAUGGAGGCCAUCAUGUCAGAGUUCUUCAACGACACCACCACUGCGUUCUACAUCAUCCUCAUCGUCUGGCUGGCCGACCAGUACGACGCCAUCUGCUGCCACACCAACACCAGCAAGAGGCACUGGCUGAGGUUCUUCUACCUGUACCACUUUGCCUUCUACGCUUACCACUACAGAUUCAACGGGCAGUACAGCAGCCUGGCUCUUGUCACCUCCUGGCUCUUCAUCCAGCAUUCAAUGAUUUACUUCUUCCACCACUACGAGCUGCCGGCCAUCCUGCAGCAGAUCCGCAUCCAGGAGCUGCUGCUGCAGAACCAGCAGCUGGGCCAGGGCACCCAAACCACGCUGCAGGACAACCUCAACAACAACACUACAGCUGCUCCCAUGGCUGUGGGCAGCCACCAGCCCCACCUGCCCACUGGCCCCUCUGGGGACAGCAGUAGCCCCCCAGCCGCCCUGAGCCCCGGGGAAGCCUCCAGCGUGAUCGCCGCCAGCGCCGCGGCCGUGGGCCGGGAGCUCAACUGGGUGGCCGAGACGGCCGCCAUCGUCACCGAAGCCUCGUUCCUCUCUGAGCUGAGCACCACCCUCCUGGAGCCCAGUGUGGUGCAUGAAGCCAUGGCCACCAGCAGCCCUCAGGAUGCUGCCAGCACCAGCACCUCCCCGGCUGCCUCUGGUUUGGUUGCCCACAUCAGGGUGAGCAGCGACCACCCGCAGACGACCGUCAGCUCCAUCACCAUCGAAGUCACUUCCACGGCCGUGGUGGCUGCUCCAGAUGGUUCCCCUGGGGCUGAGGCAGCAGCUUCACCUCCCAGCCCACUGCAGGACGAGGGGGCUUGUGGCCACAGCCCUCCCCUUCCCGAGCAGACUGUGGCUCCUGAGGGUGAGGACAGCCGAGCCCAAGCUGGGGGUGAGGACUGCCUGGCAGACAGCAGCGCGGCAGAGCCCCCUCCAGCCUCCGCGGAGCAGGACAGACCUUUGGGCUGUGCCCUGGGGGACUGGGGGCAGGGCAGCACCCCCAGCUCCAGACUCUGCUCGGAGCCAGACUCUCAGAGCCUCUCCUGAGCCCCUUCUUCCUGCAGCUCUGGACUGCUGGGAAGGCCUUUGGCAUCAUGUUUGUUCUGUUUCUCACUUCACCGUCAUCCUUAACCUGGGAAUUCCCCUGGAGCUGAGGCAAGAGCGGCUGGAACAGGAGCUGCAGCCCACACCCCUGGGAACAGCUCGUGUGUGCUGGCAGAGUGAGGCCUGUGUGCAAGGGGUUACCUGCCUCAGCCCUGCCCCAGCCUUUCCUUGCCCCCUGUGCCCACAUUUGCUCCCUGGUGUCAGCUGAUCUGGGACAGGCCAAGUGCAGCAGCUGCCUGGGAGCAGGGGAGCGCAUUUUCAGCCCCUGGGAGAGACCCACAGAGGAAGAAACCCCAGUACCUUUCCCUUCUUAAGGGGGAAGAGGAGCUCAACACCUUCCCCAAGCACUAGACCUGCCCACACCAGCCAGAGCUGUGUGGGAACCAAAGCAGCAGCUGCACUUCAGCCCCGUUUUUCCUGUCCUUGAACUUCCCUCAGUGGGUUUUUGGGGUAGAAGCUGCCACAUCAGCUUGGAGCUUCCAUCCCAGGAGAGCUGCACUGGGGUGGGCUCAGGAGCAGCUGGGGCCACUCCUGGGCUGGGCAGCACAGAAGUGGUGUCCCUUCUGCCUCUGGGGACUUUGGUGAGGGCUGUGGGAAUUUGGCCUCAUGUUAGAUGGAUGGGGGAGCUCCUGCCACAGGCAAAUGGUCUCAGAUGCUGCCUGCUGGGAGCUGCUCUGUAGGGGGGAGGAGGAGCAGCAGCUCUGGCUCUGUGCAGCUCUGCUCUGCUCUGGGGGAGGUCGUUUGCUUUUCAGUGCCUUGUCCCUUCCCUGGGACACGUUUGCAUUUCAGAUCAGCCCCAUCCCAGAGGAGAGCUUGGCUUCUCCCUGAGCUGUUGCAUGAGGUGGUUUAACAAUGAACCAAAACACUAAAGGCAAGACAUUUCAGCUCAUUUUGCCCUUCUGGCCCUGGCAGCAGAAGUGAAGCCUGGGGUCCCCUGUGCUGGGCUGGGACUGGUGGCCCCCAAGGUUAGGACAGGGCUGGAAAGGGAGGGUUGAAAGGAGAAGGAAGCUCUGGGGAGAGAAUCCCCCAGCUCAGCCUCAUUCCCACUGCAGAGCAGCAUCAGCAGAGCCUCUCCUUCCCAGGGCUCAGCUGCCUUCAGCCUCUGGGUGCCCCUGUCAGCACCAUGGAGGCUCAGGGGCUCCCCCCGCCCCCCCUCACAUUGCUUCUGCUCCAUUUCUCACCCAGGUGCCCCCUCUCUUUUUGUUCCUUCUUGUCCCAGAGCCCUGAGCAUUGCCCUGGGCAUGGGGCAGGUGCCUGGUGCCCCAGCUCCCUCACCACUGGGCUCCCAGUGACUGCUCCCAGUGAGCAACGGGCUCCCUGGUGCCAGCGUGGGCCUGGCAGGGCACCAGGAUGGUGUGGGCUCAUGGCAGGGGGAGAGAAAACAAACCAAAUGAUUUGAUGAAUGAAGAGUAGAGUUCAUUCUAUUUAAUUAAUGUACAAAAUGUGUUUGUAUAUAAUAAUAAAUGCUAUCUCUAACA